AUGGUCUGCCUUAACCGACUUUCUGUCUCAGCUAUUCUUUUGCUCAACCUUAGUGAGCUAGCUGCAGCUGCACCUAUCGCGAUACGAGAGGCUACUAUCGGAGAGAGCACUCAAAUGGCUGCAAGGAAUCUGAAGAACCCGAUUGUCGGUAGCAGGGAUAAUUUGGAGCAGCGCAGCUUCGAAAUGCUGGAAGAGCGUGACGGCGAUGAUAUUGGAUUUAUUCUCCGAGACGUGUAUACCGACGAAAUCGAUAUUGAUACCCGAGCACCCUUAGGGAUCACGAAGCUUAUUAAGACUGUUGUUGCCGGUGGCCGUAAAGACUUGCAUAAUUUGGACAAUAUGGUAAAGGUCCAUAAUAACAAUGUCAAGAAGAACCAGGCGGCGAACAAGAAGGUGAAGCGUCACUAUUAG